UCGGCACUCCGUGCUGCCUGCCGCCGUGCGUCGUUCGCCUCCGCCAAUCCGGCUGUCCACCCCCGCAGACAGAGCCACCGGUACCGCCGCUUCGGUCAAACGUGACCUCGACUCUGUGACUCCCUCCGCCUCCCUCGAGGCAGCGAGCGCGAGCGGCGGCCGGCGGAGACCGCGGAGGGAGAUGGAGGCGAGGUACGAGGCGCUGCGGCGCGCGACGGAGGAGGUGGCGGCGGUGGACGCGCACGCGCACAACCUGGUGGAGCACGGCUCGGCGUUCCCCUUUCUCCGCUGCUUCUCCGAGGCCGAGGGGGAUGCGCUCGCGCUCGCGCCCCACUCCCUCUCCUUCAAGAGAAGCCUGAGGGACAUUGCUGCAUUGUACAACUGCGAGCCCGUACUUGAGAAGGUGGAGAAGUUCAGAAGUGCUGAAGGAUUGAGAUCGGUUGCCUCCAAAUGCUUCCAAGCUGCCAACAUAUCUGCCAUCCUUAUAGAUGAUGGCAUAGCAUUCGACAAAAUGCUAGACUCGGAGUCUCACAAGGCAUUUGCUCCUGUAGUUGGCAGAGUUCUGAGAAUAGAAAGGCUAGCAGAAAUAAUCAUCAAUGAUGAGUCAUUUAGUGGAUCAAGCUGGACACUGGACUCAUUCACUGAAAGCUACAUAGCUAAGCUGAAUUCAGUUUCUAACCAAAUAGUUGCAUUAAAAAGCAUAGCUGCAUAUAGAAGCGGCUUAGAGAUCAAUCCCAAUGUUAGCAAGACCGAUGCAGAGGAUGGUCUUCGUAAGGAGCUAACAGGUCCUAGGCCAUUUCGGAUUACAAACAAGAACCUGAUUGACUAUCUAUUUACCUGCAGUCUUGGAAUUGCUGUUUCACUUAACCUGCCAGUGCAAAUUCACACAGGUUUUGGAGAUAAGGACCUGGACUUGCGAAAGUGCAACCCACUACAUUUGCGUGCUGUUCUUGAAGACGAAAGAUUUGCUAAGUGCCAAAUUGUUCUUUUACAUGCUUCUUAUCCAUUUUCUAAGGAAGCAUCCUAUCUUGCAUCUGUUUACUCCCAGGUCUACCUUGAUUUUGGCUUGGCAAUUCCAAAACUUAGUGUUCACGGAAUGACAUCGUCCCUGAAAGAGCUUCUGGAGCUUGCUCCCAUAAAGAAGGUCAUGUUCAGUACAGAUGGAUAUGCUUUUCCAGAGACAUAUUAUCUAGGUGCAAAAAGGGCACGGGAUGUUGUUUAUCGUGUCCUAUCUGCUGCAUGUGAAGAUGGAGACCUUAGCAUUCAGGAAGCCAUCGAAGCUGUUGAGGACAUCUUUAGAAGAAAUGCAUUGCAUUUGUACAAGUUAAAUGUUGACAACGGAUCAAUAAAUCAUGAAACCACCAUAGUUGGUGACAGUGUGUCAUUGUCUUCUGUUGAAGAAGAUGUGCUCUUUGUUCGAAUAAUCUGGAGCGAUGCUUCUGGUCAAUAUAGAUGCCGCGUUGUGCCAGCUAGACGAUUUUAUGAGAUUACAAGGAAUAAGGGUGUUGGUCUGACUUUUGCAGCGAUGGGAAUGACUUCAUUUUGUGAUGGCCCAGCAGAUGGGUCUAACCUUACUGGUGUAGGCGAGAUCAGACUUGUACCAGAUAUGCCAACACUUGUUAGGAUCCCAUGGUCAAGACGCGAGGAAAUGGUGAUGGCUGACAUGCAAAUAAGGCCUGGAGAAGGCUGGGAAUAUUGUCCUAGAAAUGCCUUGAGGAAAGUCACAAAAGUUCUGCUAGAUGAGUUUAAUGUGACAAUGAAGGCAGGUUUUGAGAAUGAAUUUUUUCUUCGCAGAAAAUUAGUAAGUGAUGGAGUUGAGCAGUGGGUUCCAUAUGAUAAUACCAAUUACUGCUCAACUUCAGCAUUUGAUGGCGCAUCAUCCAUAUUGCAAGAAGUAUAUUCGUCCCUCAAAGCUUCAGGCAUUGUUGUUGAGCAGUUGCAUGCUGAAGCUGGAAAAGGGCAGUUUGAGAUAGCCUUGAAGUAUAUCUUGUGCACUCUCGCGGCUGACAAACUCAUAUACGCCCGUGAGACUAUUAAAUCGAUUGCUCGAAAGCAUGGACUGCUAGCAACAUUUCUUCCAAAGCCUGAUUUGAAUGAUCUUGGAUCUGGUUCUCACGUGCAUCUGAGCUUGUGGGAGAAUGAUCAGAAUGUUUUUAUGGGGUCAAGUAAAGAUAAUUUUCAUGGAAUGUCAAAAACUGGAGCACAGUUCCUUGCUGGAGUGUAUCAUCAUCUUCCAUCAAUAUUGGCAUUUACUGCUCCUCAUCCAAACAGCUAUGACCGGAUUCAGCCAGAUACUUGGAGUGGAGCUUAUCAAUGCUGGGGGAAAGAGAACAGGGAGGCUCCAUUAAGAACCGCAUGCCCACCUGGAGUGCCUCUUGAUUUAGUCAGCAACUUCGAGAUCAAAUCCUUCGAUGGUUGCGCAAAUCCGCACUUGGGUCUUGCUGCUAUUGUUGCUGCUGGCAUCGAUGGGCUAAGAAGAGACCUUAAGUUGCCUGAACCGAUUGAAUCAAACCCUUCUGACCACGCUUCCAAACUGAAAAGGCUACCGCAGAACCUGCAGGAAUCUGUAGAAUCGCUUUCUGCAGAUAAGGUUUUCCAUGAAUUAAUUGGUGAUAAACUUGUCACAGCUGCUAUAGCUAUACGGAAGGCUGAGAUCGAUCACUUCGCGAAGAAUCCAGGUGCAUUUAACGAUCUCAUCUACCGUUACUAGGGCCAAAGAACAGAAUGAGAGGCUACGUUUUCUUGGACAUGGCAAGGGGUUUCACUGUAUGACCAACCGAGAGACUAUGUGGACGAAUAAAUUUUGUUCCAACGGUUAACUUCGGAUUCUCAUAUCCUGUGACUGAACUUGAUACCCAGUGUUUCUCUUAUCAAAUACAGUAUAAAGGUUCUUUAAAAUGUGAAAUGAUAAGCACAUGUAAACUCUUGCUA